UUAGUAAUGCAACACUGAUUUCAAGCCGCAGUUUAAUUUGGCUUAUGGAGUUUAUCCAGAUUAGUUUAUUUAUAUCAAUCAAAUUCAAUAUUGUGUGAAUAUUCAACCGAAGCUGCUGCUUAAUGUCUCCGUUUUGAAGAUCUAAUUUGUUGUUAAAGAUAAAAAGCAAUUUUAACAUAGUGUAGUUGAUUGGCAUGGCGGAUAAAGAUGCUAUGGAUAUAUAUCACAAAGAUUAUGAAGAACACUCGCAAGAUGAUGCUGAUCAGAUAGAUAUUUAUGAUGAUGUGAUGGACCCUACUCAUAAUGAGAACUCAGGUAACAGCACUCCACACUGUGAAGAGAACACAGAGAGUUUUCAUUACUCUACUUCAUACUCUGGCAAGAAGUACCAACUAUACAUUGGAAACCUGACAUGGUGGACAACAGAUCAAGAUAUUGCAGAUGCUGUACGCUCAGUUGGUGUACCGGAUUUCUUGGAGGUCAAGUUUUUUGAAAACCGUGCAAAUGGUCAGUCUAAAGGAUUCUGUUUGAUUUCUCUUGGAUCAGAGGAGAGUUCAAAGAUAUGCCUUAAGGCUUUGCCACGGAAGUAUAUUCAUGGACAGAAUCUAGUUGUUACUUUUCCUACAAAAUCAGCUCUCACUAAGUUUGAGAACGAAGCUAAGAUGAGGUCACCCGCGGCUGCUAACAAACAAGGUCAGCAGGGCCAGAUGCCCCCUCGGGGCCAGCAGCCUGGUGUACUGACCAAUGCGCUGCCACCAGAUCAGGGCCCCAGGCCGCAGCACCACCACCAGCCACCGCACUACAAUCAGCAGUGGCAUCAUAACGGCAUCCGUCAUCCUGGACCGCCUAGGGUUCCUGGACCUCCUCACCAUAUGCAGCAGCAAGGACCACCUCAGCCACCUCCUGGCAUGUUCCCAGGACCACCUAGAAUGCCUGGACCUCCAAUGGAUCAACAUGGACCUCCACCUCCACGUCCUGAUUGGCCUCGACCUCCAGGUAUGCAGGGACCAGGUUACGGUCCAAUGGUGGGCCAGGGCAUGCAAGGGAAGCAGCAAGGUAUGCCGAUGCCUGGCAUGCACCAGCAGGGGCCUCCACCUCCUCGCCCAGCUCCACCUAUUCAAGGAAUGCCUCCUAACCAGAAUCCUGGAGGACCAUACUUCCAACAGGCUCCACCCCCUAGACCUCCUCCUCCAGGACCUUCGAUGGAUUUUGGACCACCUCCACAGACAAGGCCUCAUCACCCACCUAUGCAGCAGGUACUGUGCUCUUAG